ACGAGUUAUUAUCUAAAAAAGGAACUGUUUUGUGCUUCAUUACAAGCGUUUGGUGUUUUGCUUUCUUUGUAACUGUUCAUGAAGGUCAAUAACUGAAUUGAUUCUUCUCGCAUUGUAACGGUUUACUACUUUUUGUGAAAUUGUGCAAACUCUUCUAUUGCUUUACUAUUUAAACGGGUUAUGGACUGUCUAUGGAUGAUCUGAUAGCUUCUUUUGCGGCAGGCAACCACAGCCAAAGAGACAAUACUUGGUCUGAUAUUACUCCUUUUCCUUCGGCUUCAGCUACGGAAGAUCUGAUUUCAAAGCUUGCUGCUUCGGAAAUCUAUAGUUGGAAAGAUAAUGCUGUUCAGCUAGAUCCUUUUAAUCUUGAUGAUCUAAGCUGUCAACUAGACGACCUUUAUGGUCGUCAAAUUCCACCGAAAAGAAUUUCCAUGGCUUCCAAAAACUAUGUUGGAAUCACCUCUACUUCUGAAUCUGUUUUUCAUAAGUUACUUCGGUUGGAUUUUCCUGAGCAUGGCUUACCGGAACUGAGACAUGGUACCAUUAAUAAAUUGCUUCGUGAGCAUAUGUCCUUUUGGAAUCAAGAGAGGACAAACGUUCAUCGAAAAAGUGGUGCAGUAUUUUGCUGGUCUACUUCAUAUAAGAAACAAAAGUCCAAAGAACGAAUUCUCCUUAGCAGUCCUCCCUCUAAGUCGUCUGGUUUAGAGUCUCCACGAAACAACAAUGUUUUAUUGUCGUCAAAUAUACAACAGUCUCCCUCAAAAAUAAGUGAGUCUCCGUACAAACCUACUUUGAACGACAAAGACAUGCCGAGGGUCGAUCGACAAUUGUCCGUGCACUGUCAAUCAACGUUCGGACAUUCCUCUUCAAAAAAUGAGGAUGUUAACGUCCCUCUUCCGGACACACCCCCAAUUGCUUCUGAUAAUCAAAUGAAAAUCACUAAACCAAACAAUACUGAAGCUUUUGAAGCAUAUUCACCGUCAAGUAACCCCGAGGUGGAAACGCCCGAACCACAAGACAAAAAUCAGGCGAUUGCUGAGAAUAUCGAACUAUCACCUUCAAGGCAAGACCCAACGCAAAUUACGAGAAAUAGCAUCAUAAGGAAAAAUUCAGAUAAACUGGAUGAAGGGAAUUCCAUGCCUUCGACGGAAUGGGGUGAUUGGAUGAGUGCAAAAACCGACUCGUCAAGAAAUUUUGAAAGUCGUCAGAGCGAUUUACUAGUUCUUUCUUCCAACAGCCAAUCCGAAAAUAAAGGUGGUUUGUCUGAAAAAAGCUCUGAGCAUGCACCAUCCUUACUGUAGCUUUUCUUUUUCAGAGUCAUCAAAGUAAUGGCCGCUAUUUCCAUACUUUCAUGAGUUUAGAAUUAGAAUUUGUUAAACAUAUAUGAUUAUUUAAUAGCUAUAUCCAUAUUUAUUGAAAUAGAUUCAAAAACAUUGCGGAUCCUUCCUUUCUAUGACAAUUGUAUUGCGUCUUCGUACAGC